AAAAAAUAAAGUCUUGUAGAGUUGUAGAGAUCACACUGACGAUUGACGACUGAACUGUUAUUUUCCAAUUAGUGAGCAUCCCACAAUUCUUGAUUCUUGGAUGCAUCUCUUCUUCUCAUCUAGCAGAUAGACUUGAAGAUGAGAGAGAAAGAGGGAGAGAGAGAGAGGAACUGGGGGUAUUAGCAGUGAUUCCAUUCUACAAAUCUUGAAAAACAAAGAUUGGGUACUGUCUCUUUCAACCCUGUUUCUUGUAUUUCAUCUCAUUAUUAUAUAGUUUAUUUUUGUAGUUUUCUGUUGGGGCAAGAAAUUGUUGAAAGGGAGUUUAAGAAAGAAAAAGAAAAAGAAAAAAAACUGCGAAUUUCAAGAAAGGGUUGAAAUGGGUUGCCUCUGAUCUAGGAUAGUCAAGUUUUAUGGGAAAAAAGGGUACCCUCUUUCUCAAAGUUUUCUUGUGAUUCUUUGCACUUGGUUGGGCUGUGCCUUCCUCCCAGGCUUCUUUCACAUGACCCCUUUUUUGCCUUUUUUCCUUGUCUUUCUUGUGCAUGAUUUCUGAAUUUAUGUUCUUGGAGUAAUUGAGUAGAAGAUUUUGGGGUGUGUAUUUGAUUGUGGAUAAGGAAGGGUCCAGAGAAGAUAUAAAUGAGGAUCUGACUACCAAUUCCCAUUUUAAGCAUCUUGUUGAUUGAGACUGCAGCAGUGUAAAACGUGAUUUGGAGAGUUUGUUGAUUUACCUAGAAAACAGAUCUCCUUAGUAUGGAGAAUGGUCUGUGGAAGCCAUUGGUUCAUGUUUUAUUGAUAAUUAAGGGAGGUGGAGAGGGUGAAUUAGCUUAACAAUGACAGGUUGUGUGGUUCCAGAGGGGCUGGAUGGUAACUUUUAUUGCACCCUAGAUAGCGAUUUCCAUGGACGAGAUGUAUCAGGCGGUUGUGGUGCCAUUUAGGUUAGGUAACUUCAUCUGUGAUAACCAAAUUGCGGGAGCUCAUAUGGAUGUCACUAGGCUAAAGGAGAUGGGUGACACUCCAAGUCCAAGCUUAUUUUCUGAUGAUAACGAGGCUAAAACUUCUGAUCAGCUUCCUGCUGGCAAUGACGACUCCAACUGUGGUGAUUCCGAGAGUGACCUUAGCAUCACGGUUUCGACGAUUCCUGAAGAGAAUCGGAGCGAAGGGGCUAUGACAUCUGAGAAUGAAAGCAACUGUAUUGCCCGGGAAAGUGAGGACGACGAUUACUUAUCGCUGGAGGGUGAUACGAUUCUCGAUAGCUCCUGUUCCCUCUCGGUGGUGAGUGAUUCUAGUAGCGUGUGCAACGAUGAUUUGUUGGCCGAGAUAGCGUCUGAGAUAGAAGGACAGAAUUUUAUAGAUGUGGAGAGGAACAUCUGCAGUAUUGAACUCGUCUCGAAGAUUGUGGGUUCAGCUGCAGAAGGGAGUUCGAAAUCAUGUGCAGUAGUUGAGCUGCCUUUGGAUAAAGUGGGUCGCAGUGUUUUUGAAGUGGAUUAUGUGCCGCUAUGGGGAUCUACCUCUGUGUGUGGAAGGCGACCAGAAAUGGAAGAUGCGUUUGCAACAGUACCAAGAUUCCUUAAAAUUCCCAUAGAGAUGCUAAUUGGUGAUCGUGUUCUUGAUGGAAUUACUCGGCGUUGUUUAAGUCAUUUGACUGCUCAUUUAUUUGGAGUCUAUGAUGGUCAUGGAGGCUCUCAGGUUGCAAAUUAUUGUCGUGAUCGAAUUCACGCUGCAUUAGCUGAAGAGCUGGAAAUUGUUAUGGGUGAACUAAACGAUGAAAAUGCAAAGCAUAAUUGCCAAGAGCAAUGGACAAGGGCAUUCAGCAAUUGUUUUCUGAAGGUGGAUGCUGAAGUUGGAGGGCAAGGUGGGCAUGAACCCGUUGCCCCAGAAACUGUGGGCACUACUGCUGUUGUAGCCAUUGUUUGUUCGUCUCACAUAAUUGUGGCAAACUGCGGUGAUUCAAGAGCUGUUCUCUGUCGGGGGAAAGAACCCAUGGCAUUAUCGGUGGAUCAUAAACCAAACCGAGAGGAUGAAUAUGCAAGGAUUGAAGCAGCUGGCGGGAAAGUAAUACAGUGGAAUGGACAUCGUGUCUUUGGCGUUCUUGCAAUGUCAAGGUCCAUAGGAGAUAGAUAUUUGAAACCUUGGAUUAUUCCUGAUCCGGAAGUGAUGUUUAUUCCUCGCACUAAAGAUGAUGACUGCCUGAUUCUGGCCAGUGAUGGUUUAUGGGAUGUAAUGACGAAUGAAGAAGUUUGCGACUUGGCACGUAAGCGCAUACUCCAAUGGCAUAGAAAGUACGGUAUGACUCUCCCCUCGGAGAGAGGUGAAGGAACCGAUCCUGCAGCUCAAUCAGCAGCUGAGUACCUAUCAAACCGAGCUCUCCAAAAGGGCAGCAAGGACAACAUAACCGUGAUUGUGGUGGACUUGAAAGCUCAACGAAAGGUUAAGAACAAAACCUGACCAUAGCCUUUUAUCUAUCCUUCAGCUGUUACGUUUCAUUUCUAGGUUUGCACUAUAAACUUCACACAGUCUGCCCCUGCUGUUUUUCACCCGGGAUGAUGAUGAUGAUGAUGGCUUCACGUAGUUAACAUUCUGUAGGUAUGCUCUUUCCUGUACGUAUUUUUUUCUUCUACAUUUAGCUACUCGGAGUAGUAGAUCGAAAUAUAAAGCCAUUCGUAAAUGUACCACUUUGGGGGAGCAAUUUACAUAUAAACGGUUAUUAUGCCUCCGAGUUAAAAGGCGUCGGGGAGGUGUUUACCUCGUAUUGCUUUGGAAUGUUAUGCCCUUCAUUUAGUAAAUGGAAAUGCAUUGACUCU